AUGGCUGGCCAGGUCGACUACGAGAUAAACAAAAGAGGGGGUGCACCGUAUGUUUUUCGCUUGAAUGGCCAAAACUAUCAUCAAAUUGGCACAUUGCUACCUAAAGAUAGUGGAGAUAAUGGUUGCACGCCAAAGUUUGCUCAAUUGUACAUUUAUGAUACAGAAAAUGAGGUCAAAAACAGAAUGCAGGCUUCAACCUCAAAGGAAAGGAAAACACAACUAGAUGAAGGCAUCGUGUCUAGAUUAUUGGAGAUGCUUGAUGAGAACAACGAGUUAGUGAAAUCAUUCCGUAUGGCAAGGGAUAGAUACCAAGAGUCAGAUCUCGAAAAUGUUAGGUUGCGAUUAAUUGGUAAAAGGUCCAGCGAUGGAAGACAAUACAACCUACCAACUGCAUCUGAAAUAGCUGCACUCAUUGUUGGGGAACAAACAGGAGAAAAUGUUGGCCGGGAUAUAAUAGUAGAAAAUAAAGACAAACAACUCCAGAGAAUUUCAGAACUACAUCCAAGCUUUAUGUCUAUGCAAUACCCAUUAUUAUUCCCGUACGGAGAAGACGGAUUCAGACCAGAAAUAAAAUUAGAAAAAACAAAGGGUGGCGAAGGAAAGAGAAAGCAUGUUACCAUGAUGCAGUAUUAUGCAUAUCGCAUCCAGCAACGAGUGAACCAGUCAGUAGUCUUGCAAACGAGUGGCAAGUUGUUCCUUCAGUUCAUUGUUGAUGCAGCAACAUGCAUUGAGCAAUGGAGGCUUCAUCAUAUAAUGGAAGUCCUAGGAAUAAACAGCAGUAUUACCACGACGCAAUGGCGAUAUGUCGGUGGGCUGGAUAUCCAGAUCUGUUUAUCACUUUCACAUGCAACCCAAAGUGGCCAGAAAUACAGACCAUGUUGGACUUCCUUGAUGCACGAUACCUAUCUGCAGGUGAAGCAUCUUGGCGUAUAUUUGGAUUUGAACUUCAGCAUCGGCAGCCUUCUGUACAGAGACUGCAAUUCCACCUUCAAGAUGAACAAAUGGUUGUGUUCCCGGACUCAACUGAUAUUGAGCAAAUCGUACAUAGAACUGGGGGAAGAACUGCACAUUCAAGAUUUCGCAUCCCACUCAACAUCAUUAAUGAGUCCACAUGUGACAUCAAGCAAGGAUCUUGUCUUGCAGACCUGCUAA